UGAAGCUUAUGACUUUUUAAAAACCAAAUAAGUUAAUAAGUUGUUUCAAAAAGCUAGCCAGAGAAGCUGACGUCCCCCUAAAGCUAUCCCUAUUUUCACUCUCUAAACCCUAAUUCUCCUCUCACAAUCUCCUUCUAUCAGUGUAAUACAGAUAACACGAGACAAGGGGUUUCAGGUUGAAAUAAAAUAAAGAGAUUAUAGGAAGGAAGGAAGGAAGGAGCGGAGCGGAGUUGGUUGGGAAAGAAGAGAAGAGCAGAGCAAUGGAGGAUGAUGAAGGAAUGAGGGGUUUUUUUCCGGCAUCCUUCGGCAAGAAAUCGAAAUCCCAAACCCCAGUCGAAUCAAUUCACAAGGCCACUCGCCGCCCCCCCGAGCCCUCUGAUUCGCAUCGGCAAAACCCUAAACCUAGUACUCCUGAUGAUGAUGAUACGUUAAUUGGGCCUCCUAGACCUCCUCCUCCUCCUGCUGAGGAUGAGGAUGAGGACGAUGAGCCUAUCAUUGGCCCACCACGCCCUUCGGCGGCUUCUGAUAGCGACGGGGACGAGCUACACCGUAUACCUCUCAGCAACGAGAUUGUUUUAAAAGGCCACACCAAGGUUGUUUCUGCUCUUGCAAUUGACCAUUCUGGAUCUAGGCUUCUUUCUGGAAGCUAUGAUUACACAGUUCGUAUGUAUGAUUUUCAAGGAAUGAAUGCCCGCCUGGAAUCAUUUAGACAACUUGAACCCUCUGAAGGACACCAAGUUCGCAGUAUAAGCUGGAGUCCCAGUGCUGACAGAUUUUUGUGUGUUACUGGCUCUGCACAAGCUAAGAUAUAUGACCGUGAUGGACUCACACUCGGAGAGUUUAUAAAAGGCGAUAUGUAUAUCCGUGACCUUAAGAAUACCAAAGGCCACAUAACUGGAUUGACAUGUGGAGAAUGGCAUCCAAAAACUAAAGAGACCAUCUUAACCUCUUCGGAGGAUGGUUCGUUACGCAUAUGGGAUGUCAAUGACUUCACUUCUCAAAAGCAGGUCAUCAAACCCAAACUUGCAAGGCCCGGGAGGGUUCCUGUUACCACCUGCGCUUGGGAUCCUCAAGGGAACUCACUUGCAGGCGCCAUUGGUGAUGGCUCUAUACAGAUAUGGAGUAUAAAGCCUGGAUGGGGAAGUCGACCAGACAUUUAUCUACCCAAUGCUCACUCAGAUGAAAUAUCUGGUCUUAAAUUUUCUAGCGAUGGCCAGAUAUUACUCUCCAGAAGUUUUGAUGCUUCAUUAAAGGUGUGGGAUUUACGUCAGAUGAAAACGUCACUAAAGUCAUUUGAGGAACUUCCCAAUCACUAUGCACAAACUAAUGUGGCGUUUAGUCCAGAUGAACAGCUGAUAUUAACAGGAACGUCUGUUGAAAGGGAUAGUACAACUGGGGGGUUGCUAUGCUUUUUUGAUAGACAAAAACUUGAGGUUGUUUCAAAAGUAGGGAUAUCACCCACUUGCAGUGUUGUGCAGUGUGCUUGGCACCCGAAACUCAAUCAGAUUUUCGCAACUGCAGGUGAUAAACACCAAGGUGGGACCCACAUAUUAUACGACCCUACGCUGAGUACAAGGGGUGCUCUGGUGUGUGUUGCUCGUGCGCCUAGGAAAAAGUCUAUUGAUGAUUUCCAGGCUGAGCCUGUGAUUCACAACCCACAUGCACUUCCGUUAUUUAGAGACCAACCGAGCCGCAAGCGUCAACGUGAGAAAAUUUUGAAAGAUCCACUCAAGUCUCAUAAGCCCGAAGCUCCAAUGAAUGGCCCCGGGUUUGGUGGUAGGGUAGGUGUAACUAAGGGAAGCUUGUUGACACAGUAUCUUCUCAAGCAAGGUGGCAUGAUUAAAGAAACAUGGAUGGAUGAAGAUCCAAGAGAGGCUAUAUUGAAGUAUGCUGACGUGGCAGAAAAAGAUCCAAAAUUCAUUGCUCCAGCUUAUGCUGAUACUCAACCUAAACCUGUUUUUGCAAAGUCUGAUUCUGAGGACGAAGAAGACAAGUGAUCGAUCAUCUAUCUAUCUAGGUAAGUGUCUAUUUAUGGUUAGAUAUUAUUUUGAAAUAAAUCAAAAUGUGCCAGCAGAUACAAAGUUUAGAUAACACCAUCUAUAGGUCUCUAGUCUCCUUAUAUAGGCGCUGGCUGGCAGUGAUUGAUUAUAUAACACUUGUAUAAGGAAGGAAGGAUGGCAAUCAGCCUGCUGGGGUUUGUAUUUUCGUCUAAUUGUAAAACCAGUGAUAUCGAGAAUUCAGCUAAUCUUGAUAUUAUAUUCAUCACUAGAGAUCCUAAAAGUUGAAUAUUUCGCUAUCAUUUUAACAGUUUCAAAUUUAAAUUCAUGUGGUUUUUAAUUUC